GUGGGCCGUGGAAUGAAGUGUUGUGUCACGUGCUAGGAACAGAAGUUUUUGUUUGGGUAGUGAUAUGAGUGUAACGGAUGACGGUUAAACAUAAGAUUGGCGCUGUAUAAGGAAGAAGAACCAUGACAUCAAGUAGUUCCGAUGAAGUUACUUAUUCAAACCAGAAUUCCGUGGCUCCUAAAUUAACAGAUCCUGGCAAUCCGAAACAAGCAGCGUUUGCUGUUGGUGGAAUAUUUAUUAUUUCAUGUUUUGCAUUAAUUUAUUUGUAUGCAAACUUCCCAGAACUUGAAGUGCACGAGAAACCUCAUAUUAAAUUACCAAGGGAUAUAGAAGAUGCGAAACAAUUAGGUCGGGUGCUAGAUAAAUACAAGGACCGAUACUUUAUUGAAGUGCUAGGUGCUGUUUUUGUGACUUACCUAUUCCUCCAAACAUUUGCAAUUCCAGGGUCAAUAUCUCUCUCAAUACUGUCUGGAUUUCUGUUUCCAUUUCCUGCAGCACUCCUACUGGUGUGCUUCUGCUCUGCUACUGGUGCUACUUUGUGCUACAUUUUAUCCCAUUUUUUGGGUCGUCCUUUAAUUCAUAAAUACAUGCCAGAACGAGCUGCAAAAUGGUCUGCUACGGUGAAUAAGCAUCGUGAAAAUUUGCUGAAUUACAUAUUAUUUCUGCGAAUAACGCCUUUUUUGCCAAACUGGUUUAUCAACAUAGUUUCACCUGUGAUAGGGGUCCCCAUAGUUCCUUUCUGGCUGGGGACAUUUUUGGGUGUGGCACCACCUUCUUUUGUGGCUAUUCAGGCUGGCCAGACUUUAUACAAGUUAUCUGCCUCAAGUGAUGCCUGGUCAUGGACUUCGGUUAUCCUAUUAGCAGCUUUCGCUGUUCUCUCACUGGUGCCUGUCAUCCUGAAGCAGCGAUUAAGAGAGAAGCUUGAAUAAUUAAAACACAUUCCAAAUGGACAAUUUAUGAUUGUGCUAGGUUGUCUUGUGGACAACCUGUACUUGGUGAAACAUUUAAAGUGCACUGGUGCAGGAAUUUCGAAUUCGAUCUAUGCAUAUGUUUGUCUCCAAAUAUAAAUUAGUUUCAACAUUAUUUAUUUUUCUUGUGUAUUGUUGUUGUUGUGUUUAAAAUGUGAUAUUAUU